ACUUUUAGAAGUUUCCUUGGAAAGCUUUCUGACUUACUAAAAAAUUUUCAAUGAAAAAAUCGAUAAAUGGCUAUCUCUAAUGAUGAAUCAAUGUCAGGUUCGUGGGUGCGACUUGACAUAAAGAGCAUUAGCAGUUCACAAGUUUCUCCCAAGUUUUCAGAUGAUGAAGAUUAUGUGGUUAAUAAUCUCACUGAUGUCCAAGCAAAAAUAAUUGAAAGUGAUUUUACCAUAAAAGAUAAAAUUGAUAUUUCUGAACUAAAGAGAGAGAGUGUUUCAGAAUGGAUGUCCAAAUGUGAAAAUUCAAAUAGUGAAAGAAAUAAACACAAAAAAUAUUGCAGUUUAAGAGGUUCUAAGGUUGUGAAACGGGGCAUUUGCAUUCUUACUUCGAACACAUUUUAUAUCUCAACUUUAUUUAUAACACACACUAUAGCUUUUGCUCUAGGGGCAUUGCUUGGUCAAAAGAUGAAGUCACCUAUUCGAACAUAGCAUUUGAUAAUUUCUUUAAUGAUUUAUAAAAGCCAAAAAAGUUACAUAAAAAAAUCUACAAAAAUCGAAUGUAAAUUAUGUAAAUUACAGAAAAAACGCUUUUGCGUUUUUGUAUAUAGAACAGUAUCAAAAUAUUAUACAGUAAUUUUGUGUUUUUGUAAAUAUGUUAUUUAAUAGUUUUAUAAGAUUAUAUUUCAAAUUUAAAAAAAAGCUUUUAUAAAGUAAAUAAAAUCAGUUCAUUGUGUUUUAAAAGUAUUUAAGAUAAAAUCAAUUGAAAUUUAACUAACUCUAACUAAAAUUAAAGUUUACAAAUAACAAUUAGAUAUACAUUACUAGACAGCAUUAACACCCGUGUAAAUCUUUUGGAGUGGUGUGCAGUGAGAGGGGGUACCUUUUUUGUUUCUUAAUCUCCUCUCUAUAAUUUUCAUUUAUUUUGGGUUAAAGAAAAGAUUACUAUACAACAGGCCUUGCUAAUGCGCGACUGGAA